AGAAACGCGGCUUUUCUACUUCAGAAUCUACUGGAAUUACAUUGAUCGUGGUAACGGCUGAAAAGUUACAGGAAAUUAAAGAACAUCAACACUGGAGCUCCGGUGUUAAAUGAUUAAUUGAAGGCUAGCUCUGAAGCUACGACAACAUCACCAUCGGAAACUUGCGUUUAAGCGACUAUUUCCAAUGAAACAUCCAAGGAAAUGCGUUCAAAUCUCAUGUUCGUCCAUCACUACAAACAUUUUUACGACCCUAUUUGGGCUCUACUUACAAAACACGUCCACUAAACAUGUUGAAGUUUGAAUUAUCUGCACUGAAAUUCCCCUUUCUCCGCUUCAGAAUCCACUGGAAUUGCAUUAAUUGUGUAGUUCGAAGAAAAUUUCCCCAGUGUUAAAGGGUUAAACAAGUUUAUUUUAAUUCGUCAAAAAUUUGACCAACAGACAGCACUUUUAAAGUAACCAUUUCUAGAGGUCAACAAACAAAAAAAGUUGAUUUAAGGGUUUGGUUACCCUUUAAGAUAACUGCCUUAUGAUUCCUGGUCUCUGACAGGAUUAAUCCUUGGAUACCCCAACAAAUAUUACAGUACAAUUGUUGAGCUUGUGUAUCUUUGAAGUGGCUAUUUGGCUAUUGGAAGUUUGCGGUGUGAACAGGAUGUGAAAGUGCCUGUAGGAAGCCUGGAAGAACCUCCAAAAGCAGACGCCUCCCAAAUGCUAAAGAAAACUUGUACAGAGGUCCACCAAAGUUCUGAUCCACCUAAAGAAUCCCUUUUACAAGGACUGGAAACCGAAGAUUCACAGGAAGAAGUUAAAGUGGAACCAAAGCAGACUGAUGGUGAAGCCAAGUAAGACGUCCUCGUCCAAACCAUCACCCUCUCCUUCGGGUCGGACUACAUGAUCAUCAGCAGCGACAGAAAGGCAGAAGAAACGUCCCAGAAGCAAAAAGCUGAAACUAGAGCUGCAAAGACCGCAGUGGCGAAGUCUGACCACAGCGUGGCAGCAGAGAGUUCUGCUGUGAAAACUGUGGAGUCGGAGGCAAAAAUAGAACCUCCAUCAAAGGUGGAUUCCAAACACCAGAUGCAAAGUCCGAGGACUGAUUUAAAAGAUGAAAUUUGCAAAGAUGAGAAGAAGAAAGACGCCAAAACAAAAGAGGAUGAUGGUGAACACACAAGGAAAAGAGGAAGAAUCUUGAUGUCUAGAAAGAUGCCAGCUAUCCGAGCAGAAAGAAGCUCCGACACCUGAAGACCUUCAAGUCCCAGAAAUGAUUAUAGAGGAAAACAAGAUUGAGAGCGAAGCUGAAAUCCAAACAAAAGACAGUUUUACUGAAAACCAAACAUCUGCAGUAGGGGUGGAGAAAAUACUCAAUUAUUAGACGCAUCGAUUAUGAUUCAUAAAUGAUUCUAAAUUGUUCCAUAAAAAGGAAGAAGAAGACAAGUUUAAAGUUUGAUUUCCUAUGUGGGUUGGAGUUUAUCAUCCAAAUAUUUAUCGGUUGUUUAUUGGACCAAAGAAAAUUAAUAAGUUUGCUCGUUUGCACUUUUCUUAUUCAAAUUUAAGAAUAAACACAUUGCAAAUCUCUGCUGACAGAAACAACAAACGUACAUGGAUGAAUAGCAGAACGGCUGCGAACAAAAAGGUCCAAAGUGUGUCUGUAUUUUUCCAAAGUCGUCUUAAAUGUAACAAAAAAGUGACUAUAAUGGCUGUAACACCAGUAACAUGUCCAAACACCGCGGUCAAAUAGAUUCUAGUGGAUAAGUGUGCAGCGUCUGACCAUCCAAGUGAGACAACUAGCGGCGCUAAUGUUCCAACAGACAAAAGCAGGAGGAGGCGGAGGGAGCUUCACUGUUUUCAGGUGCUGCUGUCUCUGGUGGAAUUCAGUGUGGAGUGAAGGCGCUGAAACAUUCACCAUGUCGCUCUCGGUGCUGCUUCUGCUGCUGGUCGGCUGCACUCAUGCUACUCACUUUUAUGGAACAAUGAUGACGUUCUACCCUAAAGAAAUGCAAGGAAGUGACUUGAUCGUGGUGGUUCGCUACAAGCUCAGCUUCCGCUCGUGCACAGACAGCAGUGCAUGGAGUUGCUCUGGAAAUUGUGGGUCUCUAGUUGGGACUCCACAGGUAGUUCAGGAGGCCACCAAUGAGUUGUGGUGUCAGAGAGAAGCCGUGUGGACAUGGCGGCUUUCCAGCAACGCUCCAUCAUCACUCACAUUGUCUGGUGGAAACUGGAUUAAUGGAAUCAAAAAUGGUGUUGUUUCAUGGAAAGCUGUGACUCAGGUGGAGUUGAGGAACCGGUCUGAUACCGGCAGACCCAACUCCUCACCGCAGACCACUAUCAUGCCAUCUUUGAGAGUUCCUUCAAACUGUCGGAGAGAUUAUGACCUGCUGGCUUUCGAUCCAGAUGGAGAUGACGUUCAAUGCAGAUAUGGAGCCUUAUCGGAGUGUAACCCCUGUAAUGACCCGCCUGUCCUCUCCUUGUCAGACAAUUGCACUCUGUCAUUCAAUUCUACCAGCAGCAGCAAUGAAGGUCCGUAUGCAGUGCAGAUGAUGAUGGAGGACUUUCCCAGGCAGACCAUCACACUCACGCAAACUGACGGUUCAUUUGUGGUGAAAAAUCCCUUCCAGGACCUCAGCAAGAUCCCUGUCCAGUUUGUUCUUAAAGUUGAUCCUGCUGUACCGUCCUGCACGGAAGGAGUCUUUUUACCCAAGUUUCUCCCCCCAACUCCAGCCAACAAAGAUCGACUGUAUGCGGAUGUCAGUCAGACGCUGGAAAUCCACAUCAGGGCAGAGGCCACCAACUCCACGAUCACCACCCUGCUGUUCAGCGGGCCACACGGUGUCGCCCAGGUCGGCGACGGAUCAGGAAACUUCAACCUGACGUGGACGCCCUCUGACAGCGAUAACAACGAAACCCAUCCCAUCUGUUUUGUUGUCCAGGCGGUUUCAAGUUCAUCCAGCAGCACUUUAUAUCACUCCGAUUUGCGAUGCGUCAUUGUGGCUGUUGGAGAAACUCCUCCACCUGCAAAUAUAACAAUCGCUCCGACCCAAAACAUCAUUGUGACUAAACAAACUACUCCAUCACCAACCGAUGAAUCCACCGUCUCUACACAGUUGAUCCCUGCAGGAAAUAACUUUGUGGUUGCUAUGUCUAUUGGGAUUUCCACCAAAUUACCAUGGGAAGACAUCAAAGCUGAGUUCCUGUCACAGCUGAAAGCUGAAUUUGAAAGACUUGGACUGCCACCAAACUUCAGUCUGCGGAUCCUGAAGAGCCAAGAAGUUUAGAAACCCUCCUCAUCCUCCUCCAAAGUGGCCGAACCUGAACCAAACAGCUUCACCAAAUGUGACAAUGUUGGAUGUUUUCCUGAUUCACGUGUCACUAAAAUUUUCUUUAAAUGUAGUUUUGAUUUUCUACCAGCAGUUGAUUUUGUUUUGUGUUAGUUGUAACUACGUUUACAAAGUAUGUUUAGGUAAAGCUGUUCAAGGAAUAAAGGAGAAAUACUGUUGAAUAUUAAAGAGUAUGACGAGCCACAAAUAUGGGCCAUGCAGGAAGUUUCAUCUAAAACUGUUCUCCACUAUUGGAAAAAAAAACAAACCUUGAGAAAUACACAUGAAGGUCAAACUGCAGGUUUUAGAAAAAGACAAAAAGAAAGAUUGAUUAUUGGGUAAAUAGGCAGCUGCAGGGAAACCAAUUAAAGACGUACUCCAAUUUAAAAUGAUGUUUUUAACAUGUUCUUGUAGCAUUCUCUAGCAGCUGAAAUUGGCACCUGGGAGAUCAUAGUUUGUUUCCCAAAGAUCACAGUGUUUCAUCCAGUGUGGGUCCUUGGGCAAGACCCUUCACGCUAACAAUGUAGCCACAGGUGGGCCCGGGUCUGGGUCCCCUGUGCCGGUCCCUAGCCUGGAUAAAAUUCAGGUUUGUGUCAGGAAGGAUAUCCGGCGUAAAACUCUCUACAGAACCACCUGUGGAAAUCAGUAAAAGCUGAUUCGCUGUGGCGACCCCUGAGGGGAAGUGCUGAAAGGUGAACUUGUAGCAUUUUUAUCACGAUGGAGGAUAUUAAUAAAGAAAAUUAAGAUUAAAUCUGCAUUUUUGAGUAUUUAUUCAAAUUGUUGUGAAUCAGGAACAAACAGAAAAAAGUGCAGUUUAAAUAAACUAGUAACAGUGACGUAUCAACGGUCCUACAACUCAGAGGCUGAGGCUACAGGUGAUUGAUCGCCAACGGUACUACAUAGACAAAGUUUGUAAAUAUAAACAAUCAUAUGAAAUGCCAAAUUAUAUGGUUAUAAAUGUUUAACUCUUUAGCUUGCAUUUUAUAAUUGUCACUUGUUGGUGUUUGUUUCCAUUGAUUUAAAAAGCUGCUUAGAUCUGUUGGUAACUGUAUCUGACAAAUUCUAUUGAUUUAAGAUUUGUAUGUAUGAUCGUAAAAAUGUCACUGAUAUAACAUUUAAGAGGAUAUUAAAAACAUGAAAAUAUAAUAAAGGAUUUUUUCAAAGUUGA